UGCUCUCCUCAUCCCCAGCACGUGUCCCAGUGCCUGUCCCUGCAGGACCAGGCAGAGCUGCGCUCCAGGAAAAUGGGGAAUACCCUGAGUGUGCCAGAGGAAGCUGAGGAUGACAAAACCUGCACAGUGAAGAGUUACCAGGCUCUCUCUGAGUCUCCUGACAGUAUUAAAAAUGGAUCUGUGGUGUUUGUUCAGAGCCCUCCCCUGGCAGUGAAUGGUGAAGCAGCUGCCGAGGCGGGUUCUGGACGGGAUAGCGCGGCCGUUUCCCCGGCGGAGCCAGCGGAGCAGCGCGGCGCUGCCCGGGCGGGCGGGAGCGCUGCCAGGAGGGCCGAGCCGGCUGCCAGGCCCCGCUCCGUGCUCGCCUUUCCCUGGGCUGUGCCAGGGCGUGCUGAGCAGCCAGCGCAGCCUCCAGCCCCCGCACAGCCCGCUCCCGAUGCCACCGGGCUGAACAAAGGUCCCAGUGAGGGCGCAGAGGGGCCUGGGGCGGCUGAGGCUCAGGAGGGAAGCCAUAUAAACCUGGGCCAGGCCCCGCUCCAGGACGUCGAGCUCGAGGGGACACCUGAGGGACACGAUGUGGCCGCCCCAAAGGCCAAAGCAGUGACGCUCUUCGACAGGAUCUUCAGGCCGGAGAAGGGCAAGGGAAGGACACGAGGUGACCCUCAGGAGGGAAGGCAGGGCUUGGACGUUCCCAACGGGAACACCGCGGCCGGCGUACCUGACGGGAUCCCGCUGGACGAGGAGAUAGAUGAGUGCACCCAAAAGGAGCUUGGGCAGGACUCUGCAGGUGAACAGGGCCCGGCUGCUGCAGCACCUGGGAGGACACAGGUAGAGCAGGACAGUCCCCAGGCAGCUGCAGGACAGGGCUCAGUCAUGAGCUUCCUCAAAACACUGGUCUCCCCAAGCAAAGCUGAAGCCAAAAGUGAUUCUGAAGACAAGGGCUCCAAGGCGGAGAAGGGCCCAGGGGGGCAGCCGAGCCCGAAGGCAGCGGCAGAAUCCCCCUCCAAAGGAGCCAAGAAAAAGAAGGCAGAGAGCCCCAAGCUGGGCCACAGCACCUUUAGCAAACUCUUUAGGCACAAGGCUGCAAAAGAAACCCAGCAGACAACCAACACCAAAAGCCCUGAGCAGCCUCCUGUCACCUGUGUAAAAGCAGACAGAAAUGUCCCUCCCUCCCAAGAGCCGCCGGCCAAGCAGAACCCGAAAGCUCCGGAGGCCACAACCCCUGCGCAGGGAGUGAGCACUGAAACCCCCCGAGAGGCCACCAAGGACAAGGGCUCGGCCACUCCUCUGCCCCUGAGCAAGCUCUUCUGGAAAAAGAACUCCUCGGAAGAAGCAGAGACCGUGAGCAAUGAGAAGGCAGAGGCGGCUCUGGAGGCGGUGACUCCCGACAGGGACGAGAGCAAGAGCUCCGAGAGCACCGAGCUGAAACCGCGAGGGGCGGAGAGCAAAACGCCCAAAGCAAACCUGAGGAAGUUUUUUAAGCUGACUUUAAACGCCACAGAGAAGCCUCUUGCCCCAUCUGAGAGCGACCCUGGGGGCCAAAGGAGCAAAGAGAGCUCCAAAGACAAGAAGUCCACGGUGGAGCUGGGCAAGCAGAAGGGCAGGGAGCAGCCAGAGCCCCGGGAGCAGCCAGCAGCUGAUCCUGACUCCAUCCAGAACGGUGGAGACGCCAAGGAACCCUCCUACAAGAAGACAGAGAAGAGGCAGUCCCUCGGAGGCUUUUUUAAAGGCCUUGGCUCCAAGAGGAUGUCGGAUGCAGAAGUGCAGACAGAUCCCGUGUCCAUCCUCCCCGCUGGGAAAUCCAAGUAGUGCCCAGCUGUGGCUGCUGAGGGGAGGCUCAGCAGCUCUCUGGGAGCUCCUGGCAGCAGAAAUGCCUCCUUUUCCUUCCCACGGCUCUCAGCAAACGCCUGAGGCUGAAGCAAACACCGGGGUACCAUUGCAGCUUGUCACUGGCAGGUUUGUUCCUCACCUGGAGAAAGCAGCUCUAAAGACCCCCAAGAAAUGUGUUUAAUGUAAGGUGGUGUGGGUGGUUUGAAGUGUGGAGAGGGGAGAGUAAGUCAGGCACGAGGGUGGCAGAGAAUUCAAUAAAUGGCAGAAAAACAAAGGACGUGACAAAGGAGGGCAGCGAGGCACAGGCAGAGAAUCCUCCGCUUUAGAGAGCUUGAAAGCAGCCAGGAAAAACACAAAUCCCCUUGGAUAAAUCUUCUGCUUCCAUGGAACAACAGCCAAGUCACUUCUGGUGGGGUUUCGAUGGAGCUGAAAUCAAAGCUGAACCCUUCAGCCUGAGAGAAUCCGUGGUGAUCAAGUCCUGCUUCCUGUUGGUUAUUAAUGUAAAUUAAAACGCUAAAAUGCAAAGGCUUGACGUGAUUGAGGCAGCUCCUCUCUUGGCCGGGCGAGGUGGGAUAACAAAUUAAAAGCUAUUUAAAGUUCUAAUAGGACACAAGAGGGCACCCACGUCCCCUAACGCCGGGCUGUGCCUGCCAGCCGGGAAUUAAUGGUCCUUAGAUCAUAGGAAACUUACUUGUUCAUCCUGAUAUUUGUUUAUAGUCGUAAUUAAUCCUAAUAAAAACCAAAAUCAAAGCUUCCCAGGCAGCUCUCUGCUUCACAAGACUCCCAUAAUAACUACAGUUAAUAAAUUUUACAGAAAAUUAAGAUUUCUGUUCGUUCAAUCCUAGCCUGUACAGGGAACCAGGGGUCUGACAUUUUAAUCAACACUGAUCUUAAUGAUACAAUACUGUAUAUUUUGACAUCCUUAUCUUUAAAUAAACUAAUACUUACCCUUUGAAAAAAAAA